AUGGUCGAACAGAGCGAUAUUCCGAAGGAUGCGGAGCUUUUCACUGCCUACUUGACCAACAGCAAGGACGGUGUCCCGCCGUGCUACACCUUUGGUUACAUUGACCAAGACUUGGUCAACGGAGGAACGAUCAACUAUACCCCAGUCGACAGCAGCCAAGGCUUCUGGAGUGUCAAGUCGACGUCCACGUCAAUCAACGGUCAGAACUAUGCCCUUCCUGGCAACGCAGCUAUUAUGGACACCGGUACCACCCUUGCUCUGAUCGACGAUAAUACUUGCAAGGCUAUCUAUGAUGCUGUCCCUGGCGGCAGAUAUGAUGCCAAUCAAGGCGGAUACCUGUUCCCAUCUUCAGUCACCCCGGAGCAGCUUCCAACUGUCAUGUUCGCAAUCGGUGAUACAUUCUUGACUCUCCACAAGGAAGACAUGAGUUUUGCGGACGCCGGAAACGGCAUGGUCUUCGGCGGCAUUCAGUCCCGUGGCAACAUGAGCUUCAGUAUCUACGGAGACACCGUGCUGAAGGCCAUGUACGCCAUUUUUGAUCAGKGCAAUCAUCGAUUUGGCUACGUCCAGAAGCUCGAUGCGGCUUCCAGCACAGGUUCCACGGGUGAGGACAGUCCAGCUCAGUACAACACUGCUCGUCAGAAUAAAGUGGCUCCAGCGACAGUGGCUCCUGCACAAGCUCCUCUGUCUGCUGGUGCGGCCACUAAGAAGCACUGGGAUGUGCCAUCUAUGGGCCACAUUUGA